AUGGCGUCGAUUGAAUCCUUGAGAACGUAUUUGCAAAGAAAAUCCAUCUUCAUUGUCCAUCCUCAAGUAAGGGAACAUUUGUUAAUGCUCUUGACUGUCAUUGGAAUCGUCGUGGGUUUAAUAAUCUCGACAAUAAUUCGUUAUACGGAGAUGCAUCGUCAAUCAGAUAGAGAACUCAUGUAUUUGUUAUAUCCGGGAGAGAUUUAUAUCAACAUGCUUAAAUCUUUGAUCCUGCCAUUGAUUAUUUCUUCAUUGAUAUCAGCUGUUGGAAGGAUGGAUUUGUCAUUAUCGAGAAGAAUUGGGGUUCAAGCGAUUGCUUAUUAUAUGUUGACAACUGUGAUGGCAGUAACGUUGGGAAUUAUUUUAGUGACAACGAUAAAGCCGGGCUCGAGGAUGCACGAAAAGUUGGUUGCUGUUGAGGUUCAUACGAAAAAUAUGACUUUGACGGAUACGUUUUUGGAUCUCGUAAGGUAA